UCAAGACACUCUUGUAUCCACAGGUUGCUCUGCUGUGCUCCAUCUCCUUCUCCUAAAGAUGCAUCCUGACUUAUCUCCACACUUGCACACUGAAGAAUGCAACGUCUUGAUUAACUUGCUUAAGGAAUGUCACAAAAAUUACAUUGAAAAGAGGACCAAGAGCAGGGAGCAUGGCAGUGCGAUGAGAAAGAGACUUUUUAAUCCUGCAGAGGAAUCUGAAAAAUAAAUUAAAGACAUACCUCGUUUUGUUGCA